AUGUCCGAUACUGACUUCGUUACAAUCUUUCAAACACCGUUACAUUGCAAGACUUGCAUUGAAACCGUUGAUGAUGCACUCAAAGAAGUAAGUGGCGUCAAGAACGUUGAUGUGGAUUUACAAGCGCAGAGAAUCGCAAUUAAGGGCAGUGCUCCUCCUUCAGCAAUUGUGAAAGCGUUGAGCAAUAUUGGUAAAGAUGCAAUAAUAAGAGGCAGUGGAAAGCCUGAUUCUGCGGCAGUUUGUAUCUUGGAGUCUUUUCAACCGCAAGACCUGGAUAAGCCGGUAAAAGACACGCCUCUCACGAAAAAGGAUUCUCAUCUUCUUGAAAUCCGUCGCGUGCUCCUUGAACAGAAGGAAUCGUUGACAUCGAGGCGGUCUCUUCUGAUCAAGAUCUCGAGUUUUCCGAAUAGCACUACCCUAAGCUCGGUUUUUCUAGUGCUUCAAGAGGUUCUUCUCGAGCUUAACUCAUACAUUGAGCGUCUUCUGUUGGCCGAUAACAAGAUGGAACAGCUUCCUGAUGAGCUUCUCAAUGUUUGCGACGAUCGCUUGAAGGUUCUAGAUCUCCAUUGUAAUGAUUUACAAGAGUUUCCAGUCAUGAUUUGCACUUGUUUUCCAAGGCUCGAGUUCCUCGAUGUAUCUAGCAAUAGGCUCAAAGGACUUCCGCCUCAAGUGUCCUUGUUAGCAGACUUGCGUGUAUUACAUCUAUCCAACAAUAACUUCUCGUAUCUCCCGCCUACCUUAGGAGAGCUUAUAUCCUUAGAGCGAUUGACAGUCUCAGGAAAUCCUCUAGUUAUUCCCUCGCAACAGACCUUCCAGUCUCUUGAAAAAGAUACGAACCGCUUGAAAGCGUAUUUACUUUCUAAUUCUGUUAUUUUAGAACAGAACAUUAACCAACAAGUCAAUAAACUGAAGCCAACGUCUCUUUCAGCGAUGAGAUCCAGAUCUGUAUCGGAUACUAGAUCCAAAAGCUCCAAGGCAUCGAGGCGAAUGGGAUUAAUUAUAAAUAAAGCUAAGAACCCAAAUUCCAAAGACAUGUUGCACAAGAGCGAUGAGCCCAACGAUACAUCAGAUUACAAUCAUGCAAAAAGUCACCUGGAUGGUCAAGAGGCCCAACUGCCGAUGAAAGUAUCUUCUCCAUCUAGAACUAGACUGCGACAGAAUACGAUGAUCGAAAUCAACGACAUGCUUCAGCAGCCCGAGUUAAGCGACACGGAGUAUAAAUCCGGGGCAUAUUUCAGACGUCUUUCCACUUUGCAGGAAAUACCAUACGGGGAUGCUGGCAAAGAUCUAGCCAAGGUCGAUCGACUCUCUGAAAUCACGAAGGCUCCCGAGCUUCUGACAAAUUCUUCACCGAAGUUGCCAGGGUUAAAUCGUAAUCUCACAACUACAGGCUCAAGCUCCAUCGCGAACGAGACCCAAGGGACUGGAAAUCUUGCUGGGACAGAGCCGAGCACCUUGGAGUUGACGUGUAUUUUGAAGAUAGCACGAAAGAUUUUGUUCGCUUUCAGUGAAUUCCAUUCGUCGAUUAAAAGAUUGACAGGCUUUUGCAUCGAUCGAAAAGUUGCAGCGAAGACCAUCUCCUUGCUUCACAAUUCAAAAAGUGACAUUGAUACUUUAGUCGAGAAUAUGGAAAAUGCCGAAGAACGAAAGGAAGAGAACAGUGAUCUUUUCGGAGCUGUGGCAGGCUGUUCUUUUUGGGACGAUAUUAAUGCCUUUUUAAAAGCAAUCAUCCAGACAUUCUCAUCGGUCAAACUCAUCAUGAAAGAUGCUCCGAUAUUGAACGAGGUGCGUCAAUCGAUGGCAAAUCUCACGAGAGCUACGAAAGAGCUAACCAUUCUUCUUGAAGCAUCCUCCUAUAGUAGCUUCUCAGAUGCCAAUCAGGCUACGUCUGUCGCUUGGAACAAUUCGCAUACAAAUUUAGCACAUUACGGCAAUCUGUCGGCGCCUGUGAGGACACCGCUCGUCGCUACCGUCGGCGCUGCUGCUGCUCAGGCCAUAAUGCCUGGAAAUGAUGGCCAGUCCAGCUCUUUCUUCCCGCCAAUGACAGGAGAUCCUUCCGCCACUAGUUCAGGUACGACAAUGGAUCAUAACUACUUCACUUACACAGACUUGUUGAACGAGGAAGACUUCAAGCUUCUUCAUGACGCUCCCCAGAGCCAGUACAGACUUACUCAAAGGUUUGAUGAGCUGAUUUCAAACCCUGAAAAUGGUAACGCGGGAUACGGACAUGGGAAAGAGUUUCGCCAUGACAACUCAGUGUUGAAAAAAGACGGGUGCUCGGUUAAGUCUCAGCCACAAGUUCAAAUCCUUGGGCAGGGAACCUUUGCAGCUGACGAGCCAGGAAACGAAAAUGGAGAAGACAUCGUCUUAACUCACCCGUCGCAUACCACUUUUCACAGCGACCCGCUUACCCCAGAACAGAUUCAAAUUGAGAAACGGACUCGUUUCUAUAGAUGGCAUAUUGAUUCAGCCUUAUACGGCCUCUCCCCACCCAAGGUUACUACUUUACUAGGAAUCAAGGUGCCACCUGCAACACAAACGCAAACUAUUGAUUAUGACGAUGGUUCUGGUGACAGAUUGGAAAUUCUGCAAGGAGCAACAUGCUUCGUUAGUGGGAAUGAGGCAUUCGAGAGGCUCUCGGAAUCAGAGAAGGAGUUCGCUCUUAACUCAGUCGUUGAAUAUGCGCCUCAUCCAUAUAUCUUUAUCUCUCCGGCAAAAGCAACUAAGGACGGUUUAACAAUGGUUUCUGAGGGAAAAGAAACACCGCUUGCAGAGUUGCCUGAAUGGGAAGAAGCUAAAAUAACAGGUUAUGGUUGCUUGGAUCAUUUUGACGAGAACGAUGUAUUCAAUAAUUCGUGGCAUAUUUAUGGAGAAAUUUUGAAGCAUCCAUCUACUUCUAAUAUUAUUCUCGAUAUUGGAAUGCCCGUUCUUCACAAGUCCAACCGUUAUAACUGUAGAAUGAUCAGUUACAACGGCCAAAUACUCUUGAUUAGACCGAAGUUGUACCUCGCAAACAACGGAAACUAUAGGGAGAUGAGGUACUUUUCACCUUGGCUUCGUCCAAGGCAUCAUGAGGUUUUUCAAUUGCCUGAGUGCAUCAAGUGUAUCACUGGUCAAUCUGAGGUUCCUAUCGGUGAUUGCGUAAUUCAAACAGAUGAUACCAGAAUUGGAGCAGAAACUUGUGAGGAGCUCUUUACCCCACAAUCUCCUCACAUAAGUAUGGCUUUGGAUGGAGUCGAAAUUUUCACGAAUUCGUCUGGAUCGCACCACGAACUCAGAAAACUAGACACGAGAUUGGAGUUGAUUUCCGAGGCAACGAAAAAGUGUGGGGGAGUCUACUUGUAUGCCAACCAGAGGGGUUGUGAUGGUGAUCGUCUUUACUAUGAUGGCUGCGCUUGCAUUAUUGUCAACGGAAAAAUGGUUGCCCAAGGAAGCCAGUUCUCUCUCAAAGAUGUUGAGGUUGUCACUGCUACAAUCGACCUAGAUGAUGUCAAGGCCUAUAGGAACCAAAAAUCUGCUGCAUUACAAUCUGUGGCACUGUCAACAGCAUACCACUCCAUACCAACUCAUUUCAAGAUAGCUUCGAAUACCGACGUCCUAAACAGUGAAGUGAGAGCUUCCGGACAGCUAGGUAUUAAGUAUCAUGCUCCUGAGGAAGAGAUCGCCUUAGGUCCAGCGUGUUGGCUCUGGGAUUAUUUACGACGUUCAAGAACUGGUGGAUUUUUCCUUCCUCUUAGUGGUGGAAUAGACUCAUGUGCUACUGCUGUCAUUGUGCACUCAAUGUGCCGUUUAGUAUCAUCAGAAAUAGAUGAUGGAAAUGAGCAGGUCCUCGAUGACCUCAGAGCGCUAAUUCAUGAUGAGGGCUUGAACUCUGUGACGCCCCAAGAGGUGGCUGCUAAACUAUUUUAUACCUCGUUCAUGGGAACAUCUAAUUCAUCGCUAGAGACCCGUGAACGAGCAAGAGAUUUGGCACAUGAAAUUGGAUCAAAUCAUGUAGAUUUGAAUAUGGAUAGCCUCGUCUCAGCAGUCAUCAAGGUAUUUGAGGUUGCCACCGGUCGUCGUCCAAUCUUCAAGGUUUUUGGCGGAAGCCAAACGGAAAAUCUAGCAUUGCAGAACAUUCAAGCGCGAUUACGUAUGGUUUUAAGCUACUUAUUCGCUCAGCUUUUGCCAUGGACAAAGAACAGAGUAGGUGGACUACUUGUACUCGGCAGCGCAAAUGUUGACGAGUGUUUGAGAGGCUAUCUUACAAAAUAUGAUUGUUCAAGCGCUGAUAUAAAUCCUAUUGGCGGGAUCUCAAAAACUGAUCUCAAGAAGUUCAUAAGUUGGGCAAGUGCUAAAUUUUCAUUGCCUAUACUUCACAAGUUUUUAGAGGCUACUCCAACGGCUGAGCUUGAGCCAAUCACUGAGGAUUAUGUUCAGUCUGACGAGAUAGAUAUGGGAAUGAGUUAUUUGGAGCUUUCACGCUUCGGUAAGUUACGGAAAGUUGAAAACUGUGGGCCCGAGUCGAUGUUUGUUAAGUUGUAUCAUGAGUGGUCGCAACCUCCUUUUAACUACUCAGCUGCCACAAUUGCAGAUAAGGUCAAGCGAUUUUGGUUUUUUUACGCAGUUAACAGACACAAGAUGACCACUAUGACACCCUCGUAUCACGCUGAGCAGUACUCACCAGAUGAUAACAGAUUUGACUUGAGACCGUUUUUGAUAAAUCCAAGGUUCCCAUUGGCGAGCAAGAAUAUUGAUCAGCUCGUCAAGAAUAUUGAGAAAUUUGAAGGUAAUUGA